AUGGAGAAUUUAGAUGUGGAAAAGACUCCCGAGAAGCUUGCCAGGCGUAAAGGAGGCCUUCGGACCAUGCCUUUCGUUAUAGCAAAUGAGGCAUUUGAAAAGAUAGCAAGUUUUGGACUUCUGCCAAAUAUGAUAUUGUACCUUACAUUCAAGUAUCAUUUUGAUGCCGCAACUGGAACAAGCAUUUUGUUCAUAUGGGGAGCUACUUCAAAUUUCAUGCCAAUUAUGGGAGCUUUCAUUUCUGAUUCAUACUUGGGUAGAUUUCUUGUGAUUGGCAUAGCGACGAUUAUCAGUCUUACGGGACUGAUUCUACUGUGGCUAACAGCCAUACUUAAACAGGCAAAGCCACCACCAUGUGAUCCAUAUAAAGAAAUUUGUAUCAAACCAAAUGCAGCACAGAUUGCACUUCUUUUCACGUCAUUUGUGCUUAUGUCCAUCGGAGCUGGUGGCAUUAGGCCAUGUUCUUUAGCAUUUGGAGCCGACCAAUUUGACAAACCGGAAAAUCCGAACAAUGAAAGGAUUCUGCAGAGCUUUUUCAGCUGGUAUUAUGCUUCUGUUGGGCUCUCACUCAUGAUUUCAAUCACAGUAAUUGUUUAUAUUCAAACCGAAUACGGUUGGAUCAUUGGGUUCGGAGUACCGGUUGGCCUCAUGUUGGUGUCUGCCGUUGUUUUUUUCUUGGGUACAAAUCUUUACAUUAAGGAGAAGCCGAACAAGAGUUUGUUUACUGGUUUUGCUCAAGUUGUAGUGGCGGCUUUGAAGAAUAAACACAUUGAUUUCCCAUCGAAGGAUUCUGAUGGAUGCUAUUAUCGUGGCAAUGAUUCUAAAAUUGUUGCACCAACACAAAGAUUAAGGUUCCUAAACAAAGCCUGCAUUAUUCAAAACGCGGAGAAAGACUUGAGCCCUGAUGCUUCAGCUUCAGAUCCAUGGAGUCUAUGCACAAUCCAGCAAGUAGAACAGCUCAAAUCACUGAUUAAAGUACUCCCCAUGUGGUCAACCGGCAUUGUCAUCGCCGUUACCCUUAGCCAACACUCAUUUCCAGUACUCCAAGCAAACACCUUGAACAGACACUUCAUUGGAAACUUUAACAUCCCUGCCGGUUCCUUCGGCCUGUUUGGAAUCUUUACUUUAACACUAUGGAUUGCCAUAUAUGAUCGAAUCCUCGUUCCUUACAUAUCAAAGUACACCAAAAACCCGCGUGGUAUUCCUGUCCAAUACCGUAUGGGAAUUGGAUUAUUGAUUUCUUGUCUUGCCACAACAGUGUCAGCAUUGGUUGAAAAAAAUCGCCGCGCAAGAGCCCUCGAAGAAGGUUUGGCAGAAUUUCCAAAAGCUGUGGUGAACAUGAGUGCAAUGUGGCUAAUUCCACAGCAUUGCUUGAGUGGAUUGGCCGAGGCGUUUAACGCCAUUGGCCAAAUCGAGUACUAUUAUUCGGAGUUCCCCAAGAAUAUGUCUAGUGUUGCAGUGGCACUUUUUACAUUAGGAUUUGCCAUUGCUAACUUGAUUGCAAGCUUCAUAGUUACACUCGUUGAUCAUUAUUCGAAAAAGGGUGGGAAAGAAAGUUGGGUUUCGACUAAUUUGAACAAGGGACAUUAUGAUUAUUACUGGUGGAUUCUUACCAUUCUUAGUGUGGGAAAUGUGCUCUACUACAUCAUUUGCAGCUGUCUUUAUGGGAAUGAUGAUGAAAAGGUCUCGAACGAGGACGAGGUUGUUGAGGACAAAAAUGGCGCCACGAUUGAAAUGGCAAAAUCUCCCAAGAUAAGCUAUUAA